AAUGACUUACAGUAACUUGGAGGCCAGCCGAUAUCGGGCUGACGGGUGGUGAGAACGUCCGGACUCUGUGAUUUAUAAUAAACCCCGCCUCCGGUCGUCAGCAGGAACUGAAGACGUUGGAAAGACAUAAAUACCCUAUUUGGGACGGUUUGACUGUGAUAUGGUCUCAGACCAACUUUCAACUGUCGUAACAGCUAGUUAUAAUUCAUCUCACUAGUAGACCAUGCCGCACCCACCCACCAAGUACGCCGUGGCGCUGUACCCCGGAUUCCAGGCGCUGGAUGUCUUUGGGCCCCUGGACGUCCUCAACAUCAUGGCCGAGUCGAUGCCGGCCCUCGAGCUGUCCGUGCUGGGACCGACCCUAGACCCCGUCUCCACGCUCUGUAAGGCAUCGACCGGUCGGGUCGGGCAGAGCAUUGUGCCAACUCACACGUACAAUGACGCGCCGUCGGACAUUGAGGUGCUCAUCGUGCCAGGCGGUCAUGGCGCACGAAGCGUGGAGGAUACCCACGUUGUGAUGGAGUACAUUCAGCGUGCGUACCCGACGCUGCGAUAUUUCCUGACGGUGUGCACGGGAAGCGCCAUUGCCGCGCGGGCGGGCGUGCUAGACGGCAAGAGGGCGACGUCGAACAAGACGGCCUUUCAAUGGGUGGUCACGCAAGGCCCUAGCGUGGAAUGGGUCAAGGAGGCACGUUGGGUCGUGGAUGGCAACGUGUGGACGUCCUCGGGCAUAUCGGCUGGCAUGGACAUGAUGUACGCCUUUGUGGAGGAGCAAUACGGGUCCGAUGUCGCCGAGGAUGUCUCUCGUGGAGCGGAAUACGUUCGUAGCCGGGAUCCUCUGGUGGAUCCGUUUGCGCAGUACGCAGGGUAGGCUGGCCAAGGCAGGGUGGUGAUGCCAGUACUAUGUGGCGCGCUCAUGUUGCUUGCGAGAGUUUCCUCGGAUGCUGAACGCAUUCAACAGAUCUCUGAGUGAAAUAAUUGACUCUAUGUCCAUUCCUUGCAUCUAGCCUCUAGACCCUUGGACCCUAGACAGACCCCAGCACAGUGUUUACGCCGGUGCGGGAAGACCCGCUGGUGCCGGGGCUGGCUGGCUGGCGUUAAUCUUAUCAAUCAGCGGCGAUGAUCAGCUGCUGCAGCAGCUGCUGCUACCGUGACUGGCUACUAUUUGUACUGGGCCACCGCCAUCACGCAUCAAUCACGUUAUU